AUGGUUUCGGGUUUUGGAUUAUUGGAAAGUGGACGUGUUUCUUCUAAAGAUGAAGUAAAUAUAAUGGUUAAAAAUAUUGUUGAUGUUGUUUUUGGUGGUCUUUCUUAUUGGAUGUUUGGUUUUGGUUUUACUUAUGGAAAAGACUUCCCAAACCCUUAUAUUGGUAAAUUAAUUUUUGGGGAAUUUUAGAAAAUAAUUUUUCUGGAAAAUGGUGGGUGAGAGGGUAGUUUUCGAUGUUUAAAAUGUUUCUGUCAAAGGGGGCAAGUUUGCUGUCGAUUCGAGGACUUUAUUAGGGAUGGAACAAUUAUUAGAUACAAGUUUAGACAAGUAACUAAAUUAAUAACAAAACUCAAGUCCCUUAUCAACAAU